AUGCCGUCUCCAAAGCAGAUCCUAGCGCUGAUCUUGACUUCCUGGGCGCUUUCCCCGGAAGUCGCGGCGGUGCCUCAAUAUCCUGGAAUCUCUGCCGGCAGCUCUGGGCAGUCCUCCACGGCCGCGCUUAAAUCCUCAAGCGCUGUGCCUCUUCCUAGCGAGGGAACUCCCAACUCGAGCAGGCUCAUUCCCACUUCUGAUAUCGGGGUGCAUCCAUUCCCCCCAGCGAUAUCGUCGCCAGCUGCAGCUGCCUCUCAAGAUGUCCCUCAAGGAGUCGCCCCUGCCGAGGGUGUUGCUCAUCUACCGCCCCCGGUUUCUCCCAGCGUCCCAUCUGCGUCUCCAGCCGGCAGCAGUAUGCCGCAUGGACGCAUUCCCUCGUCCGAACCUCUUGUGCAUCCCCCGCAUUCCCUCACGUCAAGCUCCGCCGCCUCUUCGUCGCAUGUACCAGAGCCUCCCAAAUCUGCACCUCCCGAUAUUGAGUCCUCGAAACCGGUGCCAGAGCCUACUGAAAAGCCCGUCGGGACUUCGCCCGCGUGCCCGCCUGUGGAGUGCCCUCCAUGUCCCUCCGCCCACAUGGUCACCGUCACCGUGACACCCAGCAGCACCAGCACCAGCACCAGCAUCUCUGCCUUGCAUCAGUUUUCCUUCAAGAAAGCCGUAAUCGACCACAGCAGCGGGGUCCUGCCAGCGAGUGUCACAGCCAGUGCCAAGUCAAGUACGAACGACACCGAGCCCGACCGAGGCAAAGAUAAAGACAAAGAUAUAGACGAGGAGGAGGACGAAGAGGAAGAUGUCGUCAUUUGCAUCCUCCCGCUCCCGCCGUCAUCCCCGACCCAACCACUACCUUCGAAGACGAGCAGUAUUGGCGGCGAGAUCUCCAUUCUGACAGGCGGAGGAGGAGGGCCUAUACCAACAGGCGAUACGGGAGGCAUCCGGCUAACGCGCACCAAGACUCGCACUCGCAGUCGCAGUCGGACUCGAACUUCGACGACACUGACUCCGCUGGUACCGCCGAUUCAUCCCACCAUUCAGGAAGGUGCCCAUCCUACUACUCAGCCUGUCCAUAUACCACCACCACCAGUUGAAGGUAUCAGCAGCAGCAGCAGCAUGAUCCCGCCGAUUCAUACCUUCCCUCCUCCAAUGCCGUCACUCCCUCGGCCCUCGCUGUCUCUUCCUUCGCCUUCUCUCUCUCUCCCCACCCCCGAACCCGAACCCGAACCCGAACCGUCAUCCUCCUCCUCCUCCUCCUUCGGACCCAUGGCCGAACACCCCCAUCCCCCACCUCCUCAUGCCACAAGCGCAAGCCAUAUGUCCGUCUCAUUCACCUCCGUUUUCUCCCCUACCUUCCUCACGCAGUCCUCCUCCUCAACCUCAACGACCCCAUCAACACCAUCACAAUCAGCCCACCUAGCCCCCCGCAAAAACAACAUGAAAUUCCCCCACAUCGUCCGCCAUCAUCUCCAGGAUUAGGUUGGAAUAAUCCGGGUCAUUGAGGAGACACAAGUGGAAGUGGACUGAAUAAUCGAAUCGUCCUCCUCUGCUCAUUGCUUUCCAUUCUUCUUCAGCCCCAGGAACCUCUAUCUGUUUUCCUCAUCUUUCUCGGAUCUUUUCGUGAUAUUAUGUUAUGUUAAUUUCCCCCCCCCCGGCGCAAUUCCGUCCUUGGUAUUUCCAUCUACUCCCUUUAUAAUAAUCAGUCUACACACACAAAAAAAAAGGUGUCAGUGGUAUAACAACAUCGAAUUGAGCUCCUCAUCUAGUCCUCAGCCAUUGCGGCAAUCCCAAUCAAUCCCCGGUUCCCAAACGAGUAU